CCCGAAUGAACGGGUGUCGUCCCCGUCCAUACACACGUGUACAAUGAAUGUCUCACAGCACUGCAUCCCUAGCGCAAAACGCACUUUCUUCUUCCUCCUCCCUUUCUCACCAACAGAGCACAUUGCAGAAAUGCAAGGCAAAUUAACGAAGCUCUGUUUCGGGCAAUGGACGCGGUUCUACUAAUCAUCUCUUGAGAAGUGUUUCCAGAAACAAAUCUUUUUCUUCUGGGGAAAAUUUUGUGCACAGUGAGGGUUUAAUUCUGAAUCCCAAAUGGGACCCACGAAUCUGGGCGAUGAAAUCGAUGAAUCCUUGAAGAAUUUGGUCGGUAAAAUCAAAGGGUUGAGCCCAGAUCUGAUCCAGACUGAGACAUUUGUUCCGAUUCCUGGAUCGGAUGAAUCUUCUACCUUCAUUUUAGGGCCGUGUUUCAGGUCCAAUUUCCCUUCAGAGCUUUCCCCAUUUUACCCUCUUGCCCGAGGGGAGAAGCUGUUGCAGAGAUCAAUGGAGUCCGAGAGGUUCAGUGCAGGCAAGGCAUGGCCGACUGUGAGCAGGACGUGGAGUGAUUGGGUGGAGAGGAUGGAACAAUCAAAAGGCCCAGUCUGGAAAUCUGCUGGGAUUUAUGACGCCAUCCAUCUCUCCAAAAUCGACGUCCCCGCCGACAAGAAUCUCAUUCUUGCCGCACUGUCCUUCUGGUCAAUCUCCACCAAUUCCUUCCACUUCCGGUUCGGAAUGAUGGGGCCCACCCUGCUCGACGUGGCUGCAUUGACCGGCCUCAGGCCCCACGGCGAGGACGUGGGCCCCGUUCUCAACGGGCUCGACAGCACCAGAGCCUACGACUCCUUGAACUACUGCAAGUUCAUGGACGGGUCGAUGGGCGCUGCCGCCGUGACCGAGGAGGAACACAUGUCUUUCCUCAUCACAUGGCUCUCCAAGUAUCUGUUGUGUUGUUGUCACUUGUCCCCAAACAUGAAUGGUGAAGUUACCAAAUUGGCCCUGGCCCUCUCGGGCGGGAGGAAGCUCGCCCUGGCUCCUCUCGUCUUGUCGAGUCUCUACAGCGUCUGUAGAGACAUUGUCGCGAACAAGUUUGACGGGAAUGGCGGUCCGUUGUGGGUAUUACAAUUUUGGAUUCAGUCGUACUUUCCCGAAUACCGCCCGUUGGUUGCGGGCAUUGUGAACUCCCGGACGUACGGGCACCCGUUGGCGAAAAGCGUUUUGAGGCCUCAAACCUUCAACCACUACUUCGAGUUCUUCCUCGCGUGCCCUUCUCGAACCCCGGCCCAGUUCGCCCCGUUCUCUCGCGGGACUUGUGGGCCCGAGUGGUUCAAGAAGUCGGUGGACCCCGCGUUGCGCUCGCUCCCGUGGAGCGAGCUGAACGAAAUAUGGGCGAACUACCUUUUGCCGCGGGACCUACAUUGCACGCUGCUCGGGCGGGCUCGUUCGGAGCGGUACUCUCCAAACCAGUUCGCCCGGCAGUUCGGACUCACGCAGGGGGUCCCACUCCCGGCAUAUCAAACCGACGAAUCAACGAAGAGGAAGUUCAGUCUGGCUUCGUUCGACGUGAAUCCCGGGUCCACGUUCUUCUUUGAUUUCUGGUGGUCGGCGUAUAUACGGAGGAGUAAUUUUAAGAGUUCGAAGACAGUUAACGAGACACGCCCGCCAGCUAUAGUUAAUCUCAGUUCAUAUGCAAUGAGAGCAAGGUAUGAACAACACUCUGCUGGUGAGUGUGCCACCAACAAGAAACUGAAACGUGAAGGGAAUUCGGCUCCUUCACAACAAAAACCUAUGCCCCCAACCAAAAAGGGUAAACCACAAACUUUCAAGAAAGUUUCAAAUCUUUAUGCACGAAAAGAACCGAACCUCGGGACAAACACGGUCAAAUCUAGUCCUCCCGAGCCUACUUCUCAAAACGAAACAGCGAAAGGCGUGCCGGGCUUUGAUGAUCAUUCGCCCUUUUCUUUCGAAGACGACCAAGUUGAACCCGCAAUGCCUAGCAGCGAGCCAGAAGAACGCAUAAACCUAGAAAACGUCGAUGACUUCAUUGCGCGCUUGGAAGCCAAAAUAAGAACGUUCCGAUCACCCACGCACAUCGCGUGCAAUUCUCCGCCAAAACCACCGCCAACCACCGCCGCGCCUCCGCCGUCAACCGCCGCACUUGAAGACAUAUCAAGACACCUUUCGACCCCUCUCCGAGACGUUGCCCUCGUGCCUGAAAACUACUCCGCCCUAAAGGCUGCGCUCUCCACAUGCGCAUCCGCGGGCCCCACUUCCGACGGCGACACCCUAAAGGAAAUCAACGCCACCUUCCCGGAAAUCUGCGCCACUUUUCGCCGGGGAAAGAGGGACCAAGACGAGUUUGCCGCGAAAGCCGCGAGGAGAGUGCUUCUGAUUGAGGAGCUGAAGAGGGGACAGGAGCUUUACACCAAACUGAAGGACCGGCAGGACAGGCUGGUCUCCGCCAUGGAAUCCAUUGAGAACCAGGUGAAGGAGCUGAAGAGGAACUGGAAGGAGGCGGAGAUGAAGUGUAAGGCGGUUCAGGCGGAGAAACUGAGCUUGGGGAAAGAGUGCUUCUCCAAGUCUUCGGCUUUGGAUGAAGUGGAAACCGAGCUGCGGGCCAUGGAGAAGAAGAAAGAGGCGGCGGAUUCCGACGUUGCGCGAUCCGAAGCUCGUUGGGCUGAGUUUCAGCAUAAGCUCAAGAAGUUGCUCAACUUACCUUAGCUUAGCUUAGAUAUGAAUGUAUAAUAUCUAUGUGUGUAGUAUUGUAUUAAAAUGGCUUAGAAGGAAGCUCAAUUUUGCUGGUUAAUGUAUAGUGUAUAGCUGUUUUUGGCAAUUUACUUUGGACUGCACUAAAGUUCAGGUGAAUGCAUGCAUGUAAUUUUUUUUGGCUUUUGGCUGUGUACUCUGUAUUUGGCAUACUAUAUUUGGAAAGGUGAAGAAAUAUUUUGAGAUAUA